UAGGAAAAUUCGCUGUUAAUUAGUCUCAUAAGAUUUGUUUAGGUUAUUAAGCUGGCCUGUAACUAUCUCAAUUUUUUUAUUCUCUCAAAUAUAAUUAAUAGCUUGUAAAUUGAAUACCUUAAUCAAAUGAGAAUGUCACAAGCAGAUAAAGAGCGAUUCGCUCGUGAAAAUCAUUCCGAGAUCGAACGCAGACGCAGAAACAAAAUGACAGCGUAUAUCACUGAACUCUCGGACAUGGUACCGAGUUGUAGCGCACUCGCACGAAAACCGGACAAACUGACAAUAUUGCGAAUGGCUGUGUCGCAUAUGAAGCAGUUACGUGGACUUGGAGGAAACGGAUUAGACAAACCAGCUUUUCUCACAGAUCAAGAAUUGAAGCUAGUGUUAGAGUCAGCUGAUGGAUCUUUCGUAGUAUCGUGCGAAACUGGACAAGUUACGUUCGUUUCUGAUACUGUUACUCCAGUGUUAAAUCAAGCGCAUUCUGAUUGGAUGAAUCACCGUAUUUAUGACCUGAUUCAUCCACAAGAUGUCGCUAAAGUACAAGAACAAAUGAUGAUCGAAGACUCGUCAAACGCUGGACGGAUGUUGGAUCUCAAAACAGGAGCGAUCAAGAAAGAAUCCAUGCUUUCAAGCGAAGGAACACGACGUGCGUUUAUAUGUCGCAUGCGAUGCGGAAAACUUCAAGUUAGCGCUUCAGAACCGAGAUAUCGUUUAGCUGAAGGUCAUAUAAUGGAAGGUGAAAAUAUUUAUGCUCUGACGCACGUCACAGGCUAUAUCAAACCAUGGCCACCUAGUGGUUACAAUGGCGAUGAAUUACCAAGCAGGGAUAAUGGACGAGCUGACCGCACAAAGUCAAUUGAAUUGAAAUACUGUUUAGUUGGUAUCGCAAGACUUCAAAUUCCAAGCAAUUCUGUGAUUGGGAGUCUAGCGCCACCUAAUGAUAUAACCGAAUUCGUUUCAAGGCACAAUUUUGAUAGUUUUACAUAUAUUGACGCAAGAGUUUCGAAUAUUCUGGGAUAUCCGAGAGACCUAAUCGGAAAACGUCCUGUCGAUUUCUGCCACCCAGAUGACACAGAAAAAAUUGCAGAGAGUUUCAAACAAGUGAUGCAACUGAAAGGACAAAUGUUUUCCACAAUUUGUAGAUUCCAAGCGCACAACGCGGAAUAUAUCUGGCUUCGAUUGAGCUCUUAUGCUUUUCAAAACCCGUAUAAUAAUGAGGUUGAAUAUAUCGUGAGCAACUACUCUCUUGUCAAACAAAAUCAAAAUAAUCACAGGUCCGUUGAGGAACAGCUGUCAUCACACUCAAGAGCAGAGCAAAGUUACAUCAUAGGUUCAAAUCCAAGCCAGUCUCCAGAUAUCCAAUCCCCUACCGCGACACUAAAUUACCCCCCGCAAAACGUAUCCUACGCUGCACCCCAGAGUUCUCACUACUCUACGACCCCAACUGGAACUCUAGCCCCAGGUUGGAAUCCUGUCGACCCAUCUAGCUCUGAUUACCCCCAUGCUUUAUUGGAUCGCUACCAAGGUGUUAUCGCAACGCAACAUUCUCACGCAGAUAUUCCUGCGUCAAAUCUGUCUUAUGCUGGAUUUUCUUCCGAUGGAAGGCAAGGGGAAUACCCCUCUCAAGAGACUAUGAUGUCAAUGCUAGAACAUGGGGUUAACAAUCACCCCCACGCUGAAUUUACAGAGCUUUUCACCCCCUUUUCUGCUUCUUAAUUGUAAAAUAAGUUUUCUGGCGUAUUUGAGAGAGGAAAGCUGAUAAGACUAUCUAAUACAGGCGUUAUUUUUUUUUUUUUAUCUUUCACCCCUUCGGCAUUCAAAAAGUAAAAUUUAUCCCUUCAAUUGUGUGAACCAGUGUUUCCCAACCUAUGUGUCGCGUCUCGAAUCUGGGUCGCCUAAAGCAAUGGUCGGCAACCUUUUUUCGGCGACGGACCGGUAAAGCCUGACGAAAGUUUUGUCGGACCACCUUGUACAGACGGAAUAAGCUUAUGUAAUAAAUUAUAUGUGUCAGGAUAAAUAUGUUGAUAUUGAUUUCAGAGAAUAAAGGUGAUGUUAUACAAGUAAUGUGUUUCUUACGUUCAGCCUACUGCGAUUUUGUAGUUGUCAACACAUAGAUGUAAACAUGUCUGUAAAGCUUUUUCGCAAUGUCGGGGUAUUCAGGUAGUAGUAUUGCCCAAAAGACUGUCGGAGUACCCUAUAAAUCGCAAAGAUUCUUUUCAACUAAUUAUUGUUUGAGUUGUUAAUCAACCAAACAUAUUAUUAGGACAUUGUCCGUCUUUUGUGCCACGUUUCUGCGGACCGGUAGUAACCUUUCCGCGGACCGGCGAUGGGUCGCGGCCCGGUGGUUGCCGACCACUGGCCUAAAAACAAAAACUUGAAAGUUGCGAGUUUCAUUGUCUAGUUGAUUUUAUUUUUUCAUUUUGUAUUUAGUAUUAAAGUGUUGCUCAAUAGUAAUUGUACAUGAGGGAAGUAUCAAAAAUAUUUGCCAGCAACUAUUUUACUUGAAUAAAGCCAUGCCAUGAUUUCAAAAACUUGCGUUUUUUUCACUUUAACAUUUUUUUAAAUGUCGUUUUAAGAUGAUUGUUUUAUAUUAGUCAAAGCACUACAUGCCAAUUUGUAUGCGACCAUAUUCUUGGGUCUUGGGUCGCGACAAUUGUUGUAACUAUCAAUUGUAACUCUUGCCAUGUAUGGUGCAUUUUAUAUAGUUUUGAACAUUAUAAUUUAGCUUGCCAGAUGUUCGUAUUUUCAUAUCUCCAAUCUGAAGUCUAUGAACAAGUACACAUGAUAAAGAAUCAAAACAAUUCUUAAUAAUCUAAUAUAAAAUUUGUUACAUUUUUCCGUUAUUUAUUUGUUGGAAUCGAGUGUAUAUUUCAAUAUAAUUUUAUAAUGGCUCUUUUUUUCGGUUUAUGAUUAGUAGUGAGUUUUUAGGAGAAGAGAAAAUAACGAAAGGGUUAUACAAAGUGGUGUUUCCCAUAGUACAUCACCCUGGUGUGUUACAAGAUAAAAUUUACAUAUUUAUUUGGGGGAGAGGAAAGACUGUUUUAUCAAAUGGCCUGUCGUCCAUCCCGAUUAUGGCAGGGUUCAGCAAACUAGGGCUCAUGAUUCAUGAACCCCGUGGGGUUCGUGAUGACUGCACAGGGGAUCUUCAACGAUAUGAAAAGAUUGGGAUCGAUCUUUAUUGACUGAUUCUAUUUGAAGGCCAUGGCAUCUUUUGGGGCGAGCGUUGCGAAACAAUAUCCAUUGUUGUCAGAGUAGGUGAUUAAAAUUUUAUUGCCUCUUACAUGUGUGAGGCAGCAUUUUUAGUCUUACCAAUAUGAU